CAUGCAGGUAACCCAGGUGUGGUGGGCUUCUACAGAACCUUCAUGCAAACACUCCACAGUAUGUUUGGAUACCGCCACCCAGUGUGGGCUGUGAGCCAUGCUGGUCACUGUGCACCACCAGACUCCAUGGACAUGGUAGAAGAUGCCUCCUCAGCAGUAGAGGGUGAUGUGUUUGGUCUGAACGGGCAGAUUGAACACAAGCUGGCUUUCCUCAGGAAACAUGUUCCCAGAGAGACCAGCUUGGUCCUGGUGGGACACUCCAUUGGCUGCUACAUUAUUCUUGACAUGAUGAAGAGAAAUCCUGAACUCAAGAUUAUAAAGGCCAUCAUGCUGUUUCCCACCAUCGAGCGCAUGGCUCAGACUCCUCAGGGGAAGGUCAUGACCCCUGUGUUGUGUCACUUGCGUUAUGUGGCCUACCUGCCUCUCUUCCUGCUCUCUCUGCUGCCUGAAGGACUCAAAGCCUGCUUAACCAAACUGGUGUUGGGUGUCAUUCGCUCUAUGGACCACACUGUAGUCCAGCCUACUGUAGGUCUACUGAGUGGAGACUGUGCAGCUAAUGCUAUGUAUAUGGGGGGUCAGGAAAUGAAGAAAGUUCUGGAAAGAGACAACAUGACCAUUGAGAAAAAUCUUGAAAAGCUCAUAUUUUAUUAUGGAGCUACAGACCACUGGUGCCCUGUUCAAUAUUAUCAUGACAUCAAGCAGGACUUUCCACGAGGAGAUUUCAGACUGUGUGAUAAAGGAUUCCAUCAUGCCUUUGUCCUGGAUGCAGGAAGAGAAGUAGCCAAAAUGGUGUUUGAAUGGAUCAAAGGAGAUUUGAGGACAUGAGCUUCUUCUCUUUCCAUCUACUCCUCUGACUGACAUGAACAGGGAUGACAACACUCAGACCAGGAGUGUUUGUUUCUUUAAUCUGCAGACAUCAUGGAAUUGAAAGCUCAGUGCUGAAAAAUAGCAGUUAUUAAUUGAAAUAUAUUUUUAUGGAUAUAAUGGCACUUUGUGGUCGAUAAUGUGGGGAUUCAUCUAAUAGGCAGAUUUAUAAUGUCCUGGGAAAUUUUUGUAGAGUUGUUUAACUAUACAUUUUUGGAAAGCUUAGAGGCUGAUGAACCUCAAAACCAAUCUUUCUAUUUUUUAAAGUCUCUGUGGCAGCCAUCUUGGACUUUCAAACUGGCAACCACCUAUCAAGUUUAGUUUUUAGCUGGAUCCCUCAGGAUAAAUCAAUUUAGCUUCAACUUAACUUAGCCAAUUAAUUGUAGUGACAUCAGAUUUUUAAUUUCGACUGUAUACAAUGAUCUACAGUGAUCUGUAGGAUAAUCGGAAAUAGGAAAAUGCAACUCUUGCAGAAAUCUUCAAAUGUCAAAAACAUUUUUUUACCAAAUCACAGUGUGAUUUUUCUGUGGUGUUCUUCAAGGCCUUGGUGUUUUAUGUGGUAUUUUGGAGGGAUAUUAAACUAUUUUUAUCAAUUCAUGAAUGGUAAAAAAAAAAGAAAAGAAAGAAAAAUAGUUACAUUUUGCACCAAAUCUGUGUAACAAAUGGUAACAACCCAGGAAAAAAAUCACAGCAACAAUGUAUAAGACAUAAUUGAACAUGUGAAUGGCCAUCAUAUAUACUUCCACCAUAAUGGUCUAAGCCCUUAUACACUUUAAAGUUUCAACAUUUGAAUAGGUGCCUAACAAAAACAAAAUGUUUAUUACAGAUUUAAGACUCAAACAACUUGAGACACUGUGCUUAGCAAGACGAUAUUUUUAUGCAGGCAUAUCCUGUAAAACUUAACCAUCAUUGGUUUUUUGCUUGUAGGUCUUAGAUUGGCCAUAACUUGGUCCACAGCCAGCUGAAACAAUCACCUGAAAAAAACAGACUGGCCAGUUAUUGAUACAGCCAAGAUAAAAUUCUGCCCCUGCUUUGUCGUCUGCAAUCAAAAAGCAAGCAUCACUGAAUGAUGGUGAAUUCAUUCAAAUUUAUGGGGCGGCUGUGGCUCAGGAGGCUGAGCGGUCCUCCACUUCUAUCGUUCAAUCCCCAGCCUCUGCAGUCUACGGCCUCUAGUUUCCCAGCACGGCGCAGGGUGGCAAACCCCGCGCAGAGCUAGUUUCGAGCAGCGCAAACCGAGGUGUGCUCAGUUUGGUAGUUUGGCAGACCGAGGUGCGCUGAGAUGGGUGUGGUGGCUCAGCAGGGGGAGGUGUCGACAGAUCCAGCU